AUGGAGGGUAACACACAGAAGCUCAAUCUGAAGAGGGAAGUGGGGCUCAUAGCAGGUGUAUCAUUUAUUGCUGGAACCAUGAUAGGUUCUGGGAUUUUCAUCUCCCCCCAGUAUGUGCUGGCUGAUAUCGGCAGCCCUGGGGCAAGCUUUGUAAUCUGGACUUGCUGUGGGUUGAUAUCCAUGUUGGGAGGGCUCUGCUACGCUGAACUGGGAACAGUCAUACCAGAGUCUGGAGGAGAAUUUAUCUACAUGCUGCGGACGACAGGGAAAGUAACGGCUUUUAUGUUUUCCUUCAGCUUCAUCGUGGUCAUGAGGCCUGCCUGUGCCACAGGAAUUGCUCUGAGCUUUGCUGAAUAUGUUGUUGCCCCCUUCUACAGUGGCAGCACCCCUCCACAGUUGGUGGUGAAAUGCGUGGCUGCAGCAGCUAUCUUGGGCCUGACCAUAGUCAACUGUGUGAGCGUACGCAUGGCCACCGGCAUCCAGGUGGUUUCCAUGGUAUUCAAACUAGUCGCACUGGCCGUGAUCAUAUUGGGAGGCGUUGUGAUGCUUUUCCAGGGACACAUUGAGAACUUUGAAGAGCCCUUUGAGAACACAAAGGCUGAUGUCAGCUCCGUUGGCAUUGCUUUCUAUCAGGGCUUGUGGUCCUUUGAUGGGUGGAACACUUUGAAUUUGAUAACUGAGGAACUGAAACAUCCAGAAGUGAAUCUCCCCAGGGCGGUUGUGAUAGCCAUUUCUCUAGUGACUGGCUUAUACCUGCUGGUGAAUGUGAGCUACCUGACGGUUAUGACUCCAAAAGAGCUCAUGUCCUCAAGCGCUGUAGCAGUAACCUGGGGGAACAAAGUGUUAGGAAGCUGGGGCUGGACCAUGUCUGUGGCCGCAGCGUUGUCUGCUUUCGGCUCACUGAACGGAACGUUCUUCAGUGGGGGCCGUGUGUGCUUUGUUGCUGCUAGGGAAGGUCACCUGCCAGAUAUCCUAGCCAUGGCUCAUGUCCGCAGACUGACUCCAUCUCCAGCGCUGAUCUUUACCACUGUGGUCUCUCUUCUGGUGCUGAUCCCCGGAGACUUCCAGAGCAUUGUCAACUUCUUCAGUUUCACUGCCUGGUUUUUCUAUGGCAUCACCCUCUCUGGACUUGUCUAUCUCAAGAUUAAGAAGCCGGAGCUCCCCAGGCCAUACAAGGUUCCCAUUAUACUCCCAGUCCUGGUCAUCAUUGUGGCAAUAUUCCUUGUUCUUGCACCCAUCCUAGACAACCCUCAGAUAGAAUACCUCUAUGUGUCUUUAUUUAUCCUCAGUGGAGCUAUAGUGUACGUUCCCUUCAUCCAUUUCAAGCUCUGCCCAGGGUUGCUGACCAAGCUAACAGUGUUCCUGCAGCUCUUCUUAGAGGUGGCCCCCGACAGAGAAAAACCUGUGAUAUUGGUGGAAGAAUCCAGAAGAAAAGGCUGUUGUUCCAGUUUUGUUGCUUGUGCUUUUCAACUACACCUGUUUUUUGCAAUGACACUCAUGAGAUGUUGCGGUUUACAUUUGGUAGCAACUUACUAUUACCUCUUGUUUGUCAUUGAUGAGUUGUUUGUCUUUGACUUUUAACACUCUGAUAUGUGUUGUCUUUUUGCACAGGUGCAUUUAGCUGAUGCGAGCACAAAGAAAAACUAGUACAUCUGUAUUCAAAAUGUCAAUCUAUUAGAAGAAGGGUAAAAUAUGACAUGUUGCUGGACAGCCUGUGUACCUAAACACCUGAGAAUUCCUGUGCUUUUUGUUGCAAGAUUUCUUUAAAAACAUUUUGAUCUGGAAACUUUUGCAAAUUAACAUUUAUAACAAGCUCAAAUGAAAAUAAACACAGGAAUUCCCAGGUUAUAUAUAGGCCAUAUAUAUAUAUAUUUAGAAGAAAACGCAGCAAAUCUACACUUAAGAAGCUGAAACUGUGAAAAUUAGCAAAUAAAGUUUUGUUUUCACUCAUUGUUUUAGUUAAGUGUAGGUUAAUCCACAUCAACACAUCAUUUUUUUAAGUUUUUUAAUGUGGUUAUGUGUUGUGUAUAUGAAAAUCUGAAUCUAUAAAGUGUCUGUCAAAUAAAGCUUCUUAG